GCAAUAUGUAAAGACUCCUGCAUUUAGACUAACCACAAUUUUAGUGACUUGUAUUAGAGACACACGGGUUUGCACGUACUAAAGAACUAUUCGAUAUCGAAGGACAAAACGUAUUAACCAAAAUGAUGCCCUAGAUAUGUGCACUACAUAGGUGACGAAAUUAGUGCUUUCUCCGCUCCAGGUGGUGUACUCGAUAGGCAACACAAAGCCGAUUGGGAUUCAACCCGAGAGAGCGCAGAAAGGACAGUCCUGUUUUGAUUCUCCGCCACAGCAGUACCGUGGACCAGAGGAGGGAGUUUAGGUGGUUCUUCUGAUGGCUCACAUAAGUCUGAGGUACUUGCUCGGAUUGUUUAUUCUAAGUGUUCAGAGUGUUACAAAUGCUGAAGAUGUCACCAAACCCAACUUUAUACUCAUGAUGGUUGAUGAUCUGGGGAUCGGGGAUGUUGGUUGCUAUGGAAACGAUACGAUCAGAACCCCGAACAUCGACAGGUUAGCGAAGGAAGGAGUGAAACUGACUCAGCACAUAGCUGCUGCUCCUCUCUGUACACCAAGCAGAGCUGCAUUCAUGACUGGACGUUACGCUCUGCGCACAGGUCUCGGAAGUACUGGAAGAGUGCAGGUGAUCCUGUUCCUCGGGGCUUCAGGAGGACUUCCUUCCAAUGAAACCACAUUUGCCAAACUCCUGCAAGAGCAGGGUUACACUACAGGAAUUGUGGGAAAGUGGCACCUGGGUGUGAGCUGUAAGAGCAGGAACGAUCACUGCCACCAUCCCAACAGCCAUGGUUUCGACUUCUUUUAUGGUCUUCCCUUCACCCUGUUUAACAACUGCAAACCUGGAAAGGGCAACGAGGUGCUAGGAGACCUUCAGGAGCUGCUGUGGAACAUUUUUAUGUUGUUAGCAUUGGCACUGCUGACACUAAUCACGGCUAAAAUCACUGGACUUCUGGAAAUCAGCUCCAGGACGCUUGUGUUCCUGAUCGCUGUUUACGUACUUGGCUUUUUGACUUGGUACAUUCCAUUUGCAUUCCUACAAACCUGGAACUGCAUCAUCAUGAGGAACCAGGAUGUAGUGGAACAACCAAUGAACCUGGAAACGCUAACUGAGAAGCUAAUGAAAGAGGCAGAGCAAUUUGUUGAAAGAAACCAGAACAGACCCUUUUUGUUGUUUCUGUCUCUGCCUCACGUCCACACACCGCUCUUCAUCUCCAAACAGUUUGCGGGAAAAAGCAAACAUGGUGUUUAUGGAGACAAUGUUGAGGAAGUGGACUGGAUGAUUGGCAGGAUGGUGAAGAUUGUAGAGAAGCUGAAACUUUCUGAAAAGACUCUGAUGUACUUCACGUCUGAUCACGGAGGAGAUAUCUGGGUUUCAGACUCACAAGGCCAUAUAGGAGGCUGGAAUGGAAUUUAUCGAGGUAGUAAGAACAUGGCUGGCUGGGAAGGCGGGAUUCGUGUUCCAGGAAUAUUCCGCUGGAAAAAUCGUCUUCCGGCCGGAGAAAUCAUUAAUGAGCCUACAAGUUUAAUGGACAUUUUUCCUACUGUAGUGAAUCUAGCAGGAGGACAGCUGCCUAAUGACAGAAUUCUGGAUGGUCAUGACCUGCUGCCACUGCUGGAGCGGAAAACUAAGCGUUCAAAACACGAGUUCAUGUUUCACUACUGUGGUGUUCAUUUGUUUGCGGUCCGCUGGCAUCCUCCUGACAGUGACUCCGUCUUCAAAGUGCACUUCUUCACUUCGAAUUGUAACAGCACACAUAUGUGCUUGUGCUACGGUGACAUCAUCACACAUCACGACCCGCCACUUGUCUUCGACGUGACCUCUGACCCCUCGGAGGCGGUGCCCUUGACGGCGGAGACGGAGCCACGUCACCGCGAGGUGCUGCAGCGUGUUCAAGAUGCUGUACAGGAACACCAGAGAACACUGACUCUUCCUGAGAACCAGCUGUCAUGGCAGAACACGCUGUGGAAACCAUGGUUACAGCCAUGCUGCGGUGUUUUCCCAUUCUGCUCCUGCUCAGAGUCUUGAGGGAUAUCAUUAUAGCAGCACGUUUGCCUAUGGAGGAACUUUCUUAUUUCUGCUUGAGACAAAUGACUUGUGUAAAUUGAAUAAAUGCUGCACAAGACUCA